AGAGAUGGAGCGCGACGUAGAAGUUCGCAGGCCACGAACUAUGGAGAUUGCACGCUACCGUACUUCUCAAGAUUACCAUCAUGCUUUAUCAAAAAGACGAUAUUCGAAGUGGUCUGAACCAGCGAGAUAUACCGACUGCUAACACGGUAUGGAUUGCAUUGUUAUCGCAUAGAGGAAUCUAGUGAAGAUUCUGCAACUUGACAUUCCUUGUUGCCUAGCAGGGGCACUGCAAGAGCUGCUCUCUGUAUUGUUACAUGCAAACAGUCUCUCGUCCGUUCAAUGUGCGGGAGACGAUAUGAAAGAAUGCCGAGCGCAAAGCGAGAAGCUCGAUAGCAGACUGCUGCUGCUCUUCAACGCUACGGGCUCAAAGCUGAAAAAAGUUCAAGAUAAUAAGGGAGAGAACGAGAGGGAAGGAGGCGAAGACAGAUACGAGGUUUUUCUGGCCACAAUAUGGAGAAUGCAUGGAAAAUAUCUGGACGCGCAUGAUGAGCUGGGUUUCAAGGCGAGAAAUCAAAACAAUGUGCUCGAUAAGGGCCUUGAUGACUGGUGGACGGGUGAGCGAAGCGACAGGGCGGGCUUCUACCCGACGACGUACACCGAGAUCACCAACGCCUCGUCCUCCCGCGUUCACACCUACCCACUUCCCCCAACGGCUCCCAGCUAACGUCGCGCAUGUCACUUGUGCCUCGCACGAAGGAUUCACGCCAGUGCUGGAGUGACUUGAGAGCGUCCGGUCGGUGGGCAGCAAGCCUCUACGAGUCUAAGGGCAACAAACACUCUUUUGGGGGACCCUCUCAUCACAGCGAGCUGGAGUUUUUUGAACCGCAUGUUCUACAUCGAGAGCAUCGCGAGCGGCGGCGCUGAGUGCAACGGGUACGACCCUCACGAGGCACUCGAGGCCGACGCUCUCGUCAAGUCGCACGAGGAGCAAAGCGUGCAUGAGCCGCAUGGCUGCCUGAACGUCAGGUACAAGAUGCUGGGCGGCGCCUCUAACGCUGCGCUGGCACCUACCCCUCUGUAGUGUGAAACGGCCUCCACCAUUGUCACAGUCACUUCUGCGCAGUGAUAUGCCCGCGGUUCUGUGAAGACCUGGUGCAAGCCCUGGCUUGGCGCCGACGUUGCGGAAUAUUUCAGACGCGUCCUUUGCGAGCGCUGGGUCUGAAAGUGACAAGCACGGCCUAACGGGUUUGUCGUUUCAUUAGUGACGCGUAUAUGGAAUGUUUCCUUACUUCUUUCUGUUCAGCUGUUGGGUCGUGGGGUCGUCUUCGCUGAGAUUUUUUCCUGUAUAUUUACUGCGUCCUAUACGCUUGUGUGCCGCCACUAUAUUCCUGGGAUAUGCGAAUGCGCCUAGAUAAUAAAGCUUUA